AUGUUUGAUUAUCAUCUUAUUCAUCUUAUGACUUUAUUUCUCAAUCCAAGAACUAGAAAAAUGAAACAAUGUACUGAUAAUCAACGAAAUUCAUAUUUAGAAUACAUAAAACAAGAAAUGAUUAUGUUUGAUAUACUUGAUAAUGGUACAGAAUUGAAGAACAAAAACAAUAAAUCAAUAAGAAAAACAUCUGAUAUAGUAAAUAGAACUCUUCGAAUAAUGCAGCAAUAUUAUGAACAAGAAGAUGAACAAAAUGAUUUACCAACAACAACAGCUGCAAUACAUCAAUCAGAGAUGUACAACUAUUUAAAAUUUGGAAUAGAUAAAUUAAACGAAUCAUGCAGCUCAAACUCGUCUUCUUCAGCUGAUCAAGAGUAUAAUCCAUUACAUUUUCGGAAGCAUCAUCAUACAUUAUCUCCACGUUUAGCAAAAAUUGUCAAACGUGUUUUGUAG